UACCUCUAAAGCCCAUUGUUCAUACUGUGGUACACAAGGGAGUUAAUUCUGUUGUCUUAUUUUUAAUAUUACUAAGUCAUUUCCCUUUUGCAAAUGGUGGCUCCCAUGCAGCUUUAAAAAUACAAUUCACGACUUGCUUUUGAAGAAUAAAAACAUCAUUUUAGAAUGGCACAUUCCUCCAAGACGAUCUACACUACAAGUGAAGUAUUGAACAUUUUAGAUACUAUUAACCAUAAUGAAAGCGACUUAGAAAAUGAAGUAUCAUCCACUGAUGAUGAAGAUGAAUUAUACACCUUAGCAAAUGAAUAUGACAAUGAAGAAAUAGCUGGUGUUGCAGAUACACCAGACUCAGAUGAGAAUGAGUUGCUAGAAACUCCAGAGUCAGUUAAAACCAAAAAAAAAAACAUAUCAUUGGCACAAAACAACAUUUGAGCCACCGGAUGUCAUCUUCAGAGGUGAAAAGCUGCAACUUCCAGACCAUUAUGAACUGCCAUCUCCUCAGCAGUUCUUUGAAGAAUUUUUGACUGAGGACAUGUUAGAUCUUCUAGUUGAAAUGACUAAUCAAUACAGUGUGGAGAAAACUGGCAAGUCUGUGGACACGACCAAAAAAGAAAUGAAGCAACUGUUAGGCAUUUUUUUUAGAAUGGGUUUAGCAAAAAUGCCUGGUACCCGAUGUUAUUGGGAAAAUGACACUAGGUAUGAUCCUGUGGCCAGUACCAUGAGCAGGAAUCGCUUUCAGCUUCUUAUGAGAGUCAUUCAUAUUGUAGAUAAUAAUAGGGUGACUGAGGAAGAUAAAAAAGAUAAACUAUGGAAAAUCAGGCCAUGGCUUGAAAAAUUCCGAAACAAUUGUGUGAAAGUUGUCCCAGAUGAAAAUAACAGCAUAGAUGAAAUGAUGAUACCUUUCAAAGGUAAAUUUAGCAAAAUAAAGCAAUAUGUAAAAGGAAAGCCACAUCCUUGGGGCAUCAAGGUAUGGGUUAGAGCUAGUGCUACUGGUAUAGUGUGUGACUUUGAUGUCUAUCAAGGCAAUAAAGAGAGAAAAGAACGAAGUUUGCUUGGUGUUGGUGCGGAUGUAAUUUUAAAGCUGUGUUCAUCUUUGCCACAAAAUGUACCUGGACAACCCUCAUUCAAUUAUAAAAUUUAUGCAGAUAACUUUUUUACAGGUAUGGCUCUUUUAGUUGAAUUGCAGAAGCUAGGUAUUCAUUAUACAGGCACAGUCAGACCUAACCGUAUACCAGGAAUCAAUCUUCAGAAUGAGGCUGAAAUGAAGAAAAAAGGCCGUGGUAUUAUGGACCAGUCCAUAGAAAAAAACACUAAAAUAGUCGCUGUUCGUUGGUACGACACAAGAGCUGUCAAUGUACUAUCUACAUUCUCUGGUACAGAUCCCAGAAAUCCAGUUAGUCGAUUUGAAAAAUCCAAAUCAAUGUAUGUCCCAGUACAGAGGCCAGCAGUUAUAAAACUGUACAAUGAAAACAUGGGAGGGGUAGACCUUCAUGACUGUUGUGUGGCCAAAAAUUCCUACCGCAUUAAGUCCAAGCGGUGGUACAUGUACAUUUUUUGGCAGACCAUUAGAAUGAUGCUUGUGAAUGCCUGGCUUUCUUAUCGUCGUGUCACUGGUCUGCUUGGAUAUUCAAAACGGGACACAAUGAACCAGCGAAAAUUUCAAGCCAGGCUAGCAACACUUCUUAUUCAGUUUGAAAAUUCCAGUGAAAGGAAACGGGGGUGGCCAUCUGCAGAGUGCAGUAAAGAAAGCCUUGUAAAAAGAAGACGACUGCAAACACUUCUGCCCAAUCCACAAAUAGCAACAGAUGGCUACAAUCAUUUUAUAAUAAAAAAUGACAAUCACCAACGAUGCAGAUUGUGCAGCCUUAAAACAAACAAUGUUUGUGAAAAGUGUAAUGUUUUUCUUUGUUUCACAGAGAAAAGAAACUGCUUCAGGGAGUUUCAUUUUAGCUCAUGAAUGAUUGAAAUGUUCAAAAUUAAAAUAAAGUAUUAUAAAGUUUAAAACAAAUGUAUCAUUUUAAAUAUUUAUGUGUAAGAAUAAUUGUAUUUUCAUAACCUCUAAAGCCCAGUGGGUCACCAGUGGAACAAAUUGGAAAAGUAGGUCAC